AUGGUUUCCAGAAGAGGAACCAAGAGCAAGACGCCAGGCUCAAAACGAACCAGCGCCAACCCCCCCUCGCGGAAACAAUUUAAUCCCAGUUUACAUCGCUUCCAAGAACGCUAUGAGCAGAAAGAGUUCCAAGCCAAACCACAUGGAAUCCCCGUUCGAGUCCUCUCCUUCAUGGGUGUUACCGUGCUAGCAAUGAGCAUGUACUCGGGCUACCUCUAUGCCUCGUACCAGCGCGAAGUCUCCAAGGCACAAUCCCUUGACGUCCCACGCGACGUGUCAGACCGGUACAAUUCCACCGCGCCAACCUUCGACGCAGAAGUCGAGCUUUCCGAGAAGGCGAUGCGCCUCGGGAAAAAACGUGGUGAUCUCAUUCGUCUUGCACGCGGGGAUGUGCUAGAGGUUAGCUGUGGCACAGGCCGGAACCUCGAGUACUAUGAUCUUGGGGAGCGGCGUGGAACAGAUGAUCAAGGUCAUGCGGCUGUCAUCGGGUGUCGGUCUCUGACAUUUGUGGACUUGAGUCCGCAGAUGGUGGAUAUUACGAGGGAGAAAUUCCAAGCGGCGAAUCCUGAGUUUACGCAUGUUGCGUUCCGCGCUCAGGAUGCCGGUGCCGUGACCGUUGAGGCGCCUGCGAGAGUACGGGACUUGGCUGGUGCAGGGAAGGAUGCCAGUGACCACCGGGCCUAUUAUGAUACUAUUGUACAGACGAUGGGUCUUUGCUCGAUGGCGGAUCCUGUUGGGACGUUGCGGCACUUGGGUGAGAUUACGGAGCCGGAGCGUGGGCGCAUCUUGUUGUUGGAGCAUGGGCGCUCGCAUUACGAUUGGUUGAAUCGAAUCUUGGAUAAUCUGGCGCCCCUGCAUGCGGAUAAGCAUGGGUGUUGGUGGAAUCGAGAUAUCGGGGCCAUUGUGGAAGAGAGCGGGUUAGAGGUGGUUGAGGUGAAAAGGUGGCAUUUUGGCACGACAUGGCGAUAUGUUCUCCGGCCGAAGAUACUGUGUGGAGAGAAGAAAUAG